GAUUGACAGUUUCAUUUAUCGAUUGAGAAAGCGGCGGGCCCAGUGAGCUCUCCAAUAGUGCACCGAAAUAGGGCCGGAGAGUCGGUAACCUGAGAUCGCCUAAGAUCGAAUGGAACUGGAUUGGAUUGAGACGGAAAAGAGAGAUAUAGAAAGUGUCUCCGUGUGUAAGGCCCAUUCCUGAAAGAGGUCGAAGAAAGCUUUCUGUCCCAUUCAUACUACUGUUGGCUUAUGUAGUAUGUCUAGCGGAUGGUGAAUCCUACCCAGGAUCGGAAUUGGAUAUUUCCUCGGUUUCCGAGAAGUGUCUUAAUGGCGACCGGUCUCCUCUUUCUUAAAUGUUAUUUUAUAACCGGGAGAAAGCAAAUUGAAGAACCCGUGGAUAUGUGCAAAACUAAAAUUAUUGUUAGCCAAGGAAAAUGACUCGUGGUAAAGACAAGAUAGACUUUGACCAGACGUGCUCAGAAUCUUUUUUUUCGAUCCGGGGGGCGAUAAAUAAAAUACCUUUCUUUCGUAAACUUGAAUUGGAAUUGUGUCACUUUCCGGAAAAUUGGUAUCAAAUCAAUUUCCCCUCGAAGACGGACAUUUCAAGAGUGCCAGUUUUAGGAAAUAGCCUAUUUGUUUGCCUAGGUUCUUGUGAAUGGGCUCAGGAGAUUCAUGAUAUUAGGUUUGAAUUAAAGAGUUGGAUCAGGAUACGAACGUAGGCGAUUGGCUUGGUACCGUAACUUUAGAAUGCACUCCUUGCCCAGCAAUCAAACUCCAUAGCUACGAGUAUUCUAUUACCAGUUCGGGAGAGGAAGUGAGACUUAUAGCUUACUAUUCAGUGUAAGUUGCCUCAAUCUAUGGAGUUCUUUUUCCCUGAGGGGCGGUGACCAUGUGGUCAGUUUGAUCCGUGCUUGUGCUAUUCGGCGGAGGGUAGCUCCAUCUUUCCAUGUCAGGUGAUAUCUUUCUUUUCCUAUCUCUUUCUCCUUCACCUAGAUGGAAUGGGUACUUUAAGCCAUCCCGAAAGCCUUUCAUCGUAGGUUGCGUCUCUAAGUAGGACCUUUCCUCCUCUGGUAUGGCUAGGCCAGUAGGAUAUGGCUUAGAAAGAAAGACAGCCUGGCACACAACCUGGCAUACGUCGAUCCGACUAUCAAUGAAUGCGUCUUCGAUCGUGCGAUAGGUUGGAAAAAGAUUCUCCCAAGUCUUCGACUUCUGUGCUCGGUCUGCUUUCCAUUCCCAGAGAAUUGAGAAUGAAAGCCCACUCACGUACCCAAGACGGAUAGAGGACUCGAAAGAGCUUUAUUUACACCGUUCCCUUCUUUAUCGAAUAGGGAAGGAGGCCGUCACUUCAAAUUAUACUAGGGAUGAGAACAAGAGAACGCUCUCCACUAAGACUCCCGUAUGAUAUGCGGGUGAAAGCUCCCGUUUCAGAUGCAUGCAUUGAAGGCAGGACGCCUCCCUCUUAUCUCAUACCGCUUCGUCCUACUUCAGCUAGAUGGAAUCUUUCGUAAAGCAAUCCUGAAAGUAAGGUUGCAUAUAGAAUCUUCGACCUCCCGGUCCGAAGGAGAUGUAGUUGCGUGUACUUUGAUUGAUCGAGAUUGGCUUGGUCUUCAGUGUACUAAGGUUAAGGUUCAAGUACAAGAUCGAAAAGAAUGCAUUGCAUUUACAUUGGGAUGCCCAAGAAAAAAAGGAAGGAGGGGAAGAAUUUCUCACUCUUCUAAGCGGAGUUAUGUCAAAAGGACCAACCAACGAGGAUGAAGGAGGAGCAGGAGUAGGAGCUAAAAUUCGGACGGAAUCGCGAGAUAGACAAUGAGAAAAAGCCAAGAGGGGAGAGCACUUAGACAAUUCACUUUGAGUACAGGGAAGUCUGCUGGUAGGAAUUCUUCAGGGCGUAUUACGGUUUUUCACCGAGGGGGUGGAUCGAAGCGAUUGCAGCGAAGAAUUGAUCUGAAACGAAGCACUUCGCUUAUCUCUUUUCUUUUGUUAAUAGCUCUAUUCUCUUUUUUUCAUUUUUUGUGGGGAAAAAUACCACUUCUUUGGUGUUCUUCUGUUCUUCUCGAGUGGGCCCUUUUCGCCAUGGGUGACCUUUCUCUUUCUGUCGGAGGGGAUGGAAGUGGUCCGAGCUCUUCGACACGACCGCCUUUUGACCUCAACAUGCCGCCAGAAGAGGAGGAGCCUGCCCGAUCCUUCGAUCUAAACAGGCCAGGUGAUGAGCCUGGGCCUUCACCCGAGGAGGAGCUCCUUUAUCUUAAAGAAGAAAAACUGCGCCUAAAACAGGCGUUUCAGCAAGCAAUCCAAGACUUUGAACGACUCCGCGAGGCGAUUGACCAGUCACAAGAAAGCAAUCCUCAAAGCGCUUCAGCCCUGGGGGAGAAACUUAGCGGACUAGGCCAAAAGUUCAAAGAUUUGGAACGAAUGCAAGAACGUUUGUGUCAGUUGGAGAGUGACUGUUAUAAAACAGUUAGAGACAGCCGGAACUAAAAAAUAGAUAUAAAGGGUAUCAAAACGUCAAAAAAUGGGACCUUUUUCUGACCAAUUUAACUCAUUUUUGGGCGGAUAUAGAAAAAAAAUCUCAAAACAGGGAUUUUGACUAAAGGUACCGUGAUACUUUCUGUUUUGUCGAGCACGAGAUUGGGCCCCUUCUCAAAGAUUUGAUGGAAUGGCCCAGCCCACCCAAGAGCGCUUAUGUCAUAUGGGAAACUCAUGGCUGGUGGAAACAAUCCUUAUGGUUUUGAUAUCCGGUAGGAAUAAAAAGAAUCAAAGUCCAGGUUGGUUGGUGAGCCUAGUGAUAGGAGACUAUCUAGCUUGGUUCGGAGAGCACUUGUUGGGUUAAAGAUUUUUUUGUUGCUAAAUGUUACGGCCUAAAUGCUGAACUAUUG